GUGCCAGUUUAGCAGAUAAACAUCGAUCUGGACGUCCCGUGGAAUUUGACGAUGAUGCGCUGCAAGCACUGCUCGAUGCCAAUCCACGUCAAUCCACACGAGAAUUAGCCGAACAACUCGACUGCUCUCAUACGACAGUCGAGCGUCACCUUCAUGCUUUGGGCAUGAUUCAUAAAUACGGCAGAUCGGUUCCACAUCUAUUGUCGCCAGACAAUCUGGCUCAACGCGUCUCGAUUUGUGCAUCGUUACUCUCUCGACAGAAGCAUGAAGCAUUUCUGGAGC